AUGGCGGCCAUUCGUAUUUUGCCGGCCGGGAAGUACCACAACCCGGAACUGUUGAAAAUUCCCAAUUUUCUCCACUUGUCUCCACUCGCCAUUCAAAAGCAUUGUCAGGCGUUGAAGCGUUUCUGUACCAAAUGGCCCGCAGGUCUCGACACCGACGAGAAGUGUGACAAACAUUUUCCCCUUCAGAUCAAGACUCAAGAGUUUGCGUUCAGCGGGACAUCGAUUCGAUGGCCAGACUAUCGUAUCGUCGAGUUGUCGAUCAAAAUGUGUGAUUUGCCCCUCGAUUCUCACGCGACCGACAAAAUGAAACGUUUGUUACGGGAGAGGUAUAACAAGAAGACCGACACAAUCACUAUUACCGCUUCCAAGUGUCCGACAAGAAAACAGAACUACGAAUACGCGGUCUAUUUGUUGACUGCCGUCUACUUUGAGUCUUUGAAAGUGGAGGAAUGGGAGGACGAGAAGACAGAAGAGGAUUGGGAGAAGUUUUAUUGGGAUAAAAGUGAAUCCAAGAAAACUAUUGUUUCAUAUAUGAAACAAAUCAAACCCGAACUUAAAGACGAAGAGAUCCUAAACGACCAAAGAGUCAAAUCAUUCUCUGAAUCCGUUUCACGACUUUUCGAUCAAAAAGAAGAUAAAAGUUCUUUAAAUGAAUACAAACGAAACGUUUUACAGAUUCUGUUCUGA